AUGACGGUGCCUCUUCCCUCCACUCCUCCGCCCCCUCGGGAUUUCCUCACCGAGUACUCUCUAGGCCGUCACCUAGGCAAGGGCGCGUUCGGCGAGGUCUUAGAAUGCACGCAUAACGCGACAGGUCGCCAGUUCGCCUGCAAGAGAAUCGACAAGCGAUUAAUUACCUCCGAGUCGGACGCCGCGGAAGUUAGAAAGGAGGUCGCGAUUCUGCAGCAGCUCACCGCCGCGGGCCCGAGCCGCCACGGCGGAAUCGUGCAGCUCGUCGAGGCGCUAGAGGACGGCGGCGCGGUGUACCUUGUUAUGGAGCUGUGCGAGGGCGGGGAUUUAUUCGAGCUGAUCAAAUCGGAUCACGCCGCCGGCAUGCCGGAGGACAUGGCGCGCGAGAUCUUCCGCCAGGUGGCGCUGGCUGUGGCGUACUGCCAUGCGCGCGGCGUUCUGCAUCGCGACAUCAAACCCGAAAACAUCCUCUUCACAGGCCCCAACCAGCCCGCACCCGCCGCGGAAUUCGGCGCGGAAUUCGGCGCGGAAUUCGGUGUAGAAUCCGUGGCCGCGGAAUGCUCGCAGAAAGAUUUUGGGGAUUCUUCCGCCGCCGAGUGGCGCUGGCGGGUGCGCGUGGCGGACUUCGGGCUUGCGCUCUUCCUUCCGCACGGGCACAUGGGGCACGGCAUGGCGGGGAGCCGCUUCUACACCGCGCCGGAGAUGGUCCGCGGGCGCAAAUACGGCAAGCGCGCGGACGUCUGGAGCAUGGGGGUGGUGCUUUGCGCCAUGCUCACGGGCCGCGUGCCCUUUGCGGGGAAGGACCGCGCGGACGCGGAGGGCCUGCGGAGGUCGAUUCUCCGCGGGGCGAUCAACUUCUCCGCGCCCGCGUGGGCGCCCGUGAGCGCGGGCGCGCGCGACCUCGUGCGGCGCAUGCUGGAGGUGGAUCCGCGCAGGCGGCUCAAGGCGGCGGAGGUGCUGCAGCACCCGUGGGUGCUCGGGCUCGAGCUGCCGGAUCUCACGGCGGCAGAUGCGGCGGCGGAUGUGGUUAUGUCGGCGGACCCUGCGGGAUCAGAGGAGAAGGUUGUUCCAGUGAAAGCGCAAGCGGAAGUGAAGCCCGCGGUAGCGGUAAAGGCGUCGUGUCCUGUGGAUUCGAAGGAAGCGGGAGAAGAGGAGAGAGAGAGGACGAUGAAUGCGAAGGAGAAGGAGUUUCAGCAACAGACGGAGCAGCAAGCGGAGGGUACUACCCAGCGCUCCGCUGCUCCUCCGCCCGUCGCUCCCCCAGCCUUUUCUUCCCCAGCCUUUUCUCCCCGAGCUCCAGCCACUGCCCCACGCGUCGCCUCCCCUCUCCGCUCCGCUGCUUUUCCCAUUCGCCCUGCGUCCCCUGCUCGCCCUGUUGGGUCUCCUAUUCCCAUUCGCCCCAUCGCUCAGCCGCCUCUUGGUUCCGCUAUAGAGCGAUUCAAUAAGGUCUGGCAGCAACAGGAUCGCCCGCAGCAGCUCCCACCGUGCUACCCAUCCACCCCGUCUCCUCCACCACCGGCCUGCACCGCUCUCAAAACCCCCUUUCCUCUUUGCGGAAACGCACCUCCCCUUGCCCCGCAACAACCGCCUAACCUGCCCGCGCCAAAUGAUUCUCUCUCGGGCUGCCCGUCGUUCAACUCCCCCUGCCCGUCACAGUCCUCCGCGUCCCAGUCCACUCCACCCUCCUCCGCGUCUCGCUCCUCUCCUUCCCGCUCCUCCCCACCUCCUCUCUCCUCCUCUCUCUCCCCAUCUCUAUCCAACUCCACCGCCACCUCAGCAUCGACCUUCACUCAAAUAGAUGCAGCAGACAUGGAUGAUUGCGGCAUGGCGGAUGGGGCUGGUGGCUUUGAUGGCAUGGCGGAUGGGGCUGGUGGCUUUGAUGGCAUGGCGGAUGGGGCUGGUGGUUUUGAUGGCAUGGCUGCGGUUGGUAUGGCAGGAGACGCGUCUCUUUCCAUUCCGCUGAGCCUCUGCCCGCCGCCCAUUGCCGUGUGCCGGAAAAAGAGCCGCAGGGAGGAGUAUGAGGAGGCUUUUGUUCCUGGCUCGCCCUGGUUCUCCCCUCGCCCUCUCCCUCUCACCUCCGCCCAGUUGACCCACAAGCAGCAGCAGCUGAAGAGCGGGAGGGAGGAGUGUGAGGAAGCUUCCUCGGCUUUCUCACCCUGGUUCUCCCCUAGGCCUCUUCCGCUUGUCGCUGCCCCGUUUUCACACGAGAAGCACCAGCAGAAGCACCGCUACCAUCAGCAACAGCAGCAGCAGCAGCAGCAGCAGCAGCAGCAGCAGGUGCAUUGCCCGGUGGGAUCAUCCCUGUCAGGGGAUGAGUUCAGCAACAACAGCACCAUGUGUGGAGCCUCCUCGGCUCUCUCCUUCCAAGCAGCUUCCCGCUGCUUCAUGGCCUUCAACCCCUGGGGAUCUCCGCCUCACUGUCCUUCUCACCUCGCCCUCAGGCCCGCUUGCAACCCCGCCCAACUCCUCUCAAGACCUCCCCGCCCCUCUGCCCCCUCCAGCUACACGCCAGAGCAGGUGUUUGAUAUGGUGGCCGGGGUGGAGCACUACUCUCACUCCCUACCCUGGGCUGCACAGCAGGUGUUUGACGUGGUGGCCGGGGUGGAGCGUUAUGCCGACUUCCUGCCCUGCUACACGCCAGAGCAGGUGUUUGACGUGGUGGCAGGGGUGGAGCGUUAUGCCGACUUCCUCCCAUGGUGUGUGGGGUCUCACGUGUUGUGGCGGGCACCCGAAGGCAUGGAGGCGGAGCUGGAGAUCGGGUUCCACAUGCUGCGGGAGAAGUACCUCUCGCGAGUCACCUACAAGCGCCCUCUCUUUGUGACGGUGAGUGUUCUUGUAUCACUUAAGAAAGUUACAUGGUUACAUGGGUGCAUUGACCGCAUGGAGGCGGAGCUGGAGAUCGGGUUCCACAUGCUGAGAGAGAAAUACCUUUCACGAGUCACCUACAAGCGCCCUCUCUUUGUCACCGCGCGUUCAGCGGACACGGGGCUCUUCCACCAUUUGGACAACCACUGGGAGUUCGCCUCAAUGCUCAGAACCGCCCCCGCUGCGGGGCGCAUUGCCUACAAGGUAUGCUGCCUACGGGGCGCGCUGCCUGCGGGGCGCGCUACCCGCGGGGCGCGCUACCUGCGGGGCACGAUACCUGUGGGCACGCUACAUGCGGGGCACGAUACCUGCGGGGUGCGCUACCUGCGGGGCGCGCGACCUACGUGGCGCAGGUAUGCCCCGCAGCCUAAGGCAGAGCGCGGGGCCGCCUAA